AUGGCAAUGGCACGGAGAAAUAUGUUCCAGAAGGGGGAGGUGCAUAACAAACCAUCAGGAUUCUGGGGAAUAAUAAAGAGUGUUACCACUUCAGCACCAGGAAGUGAAAAUCUUACUGUUAUUCAACAGGAAGUGGAUGCUUUGGAAGAACUAAGCAGGCAGCUUUUUCUGGAAACAGCUGAUCUAUAUGCUACCAAGGAGAGAAUAGAAUACUCAAAAACUUUCAAAGGGAAAUAUUUUAAUUUUCUCGGUUACUUUUUCUCUAUUUACUGUGUUUGGAAAAUUUUUAUGGCAACCAUCAAUAUUGUUUUUGAUCGAGUUGGGAAAACUGAUCCUGUCACAAGAGGCAUUGAGAUCACUGUGAAUUAUCUGGGAAUUCAAUUUGAUGUGAAGUUCUGGUCCCAACACAUUUCCUUCAUUCUGGUUGGAAUAAUCAUCGUCACAUCCAUCAGAGGAUUGCUGAUCACUCUUACCAAGUUCUUUUAUGCCAUCUCCAGCAGUAAGUCCUCCAAUGUCAUUGUCCUGCUAUUAGCACAGAUAAUGGGCAUGUACUUCGUCUCCUCUGUGCUACUGAUCCGAAUGAGUAUGCCUCUAGAGUACCGCACCAUAAUCACUGAAGUCCUUGGAGAACUGCAGUUCAACUUUUACCACCGUUGGUUUGAUGUGAUCUUCCUGGUCAGCGCUCUCUCCAGCAUACUAUUCCUUUACUUGGCUCACAAACAGGCACCAGAGAAGCAUAUGACACCUUGAACUCAUGCCUGUUACAGAUUGCUAGAGGCCAGUGGUGUCAAAAUUUGGAUGUAAGGGGAAAAACUGAAGGGGACCAAGGCCUAAUAGUUUUUUAACAAAAAUGAUGUGGUGGCAUAUUCUACCUCCAGCAUACACCUUCCUCCUCCAUGAUACUGUGAUCAUAAGUAGCAUCAGCUAGAACAUGAAAGGGAGAAGUAACUCAAGGCAGUACUCAGUAGAGAGCAUCCUGUAUAGAUUCGAGGCUGGUGCAGUGCCAGGGAGUCAGGAGAAGAACCAGGGGGGAAAAAUACACUGGACCUCUGGGGCAAGAGAUGUCUAUGGUAGCUGGGCCAAACACAGAGGAUUUCUGUUUUGAGUUAAGGUUCACAUGGAGAAGGUUACGGCUUUCCCUUGAGAUUGUUAUUAAAAUCAAAUUAUAACAAUUUGGCCUUAGGUUCAUUUUGUCAUGCAUAGCUUGGUAUUAUGCUUGUGUGAUCUACCAUGAGUUAGCAUCCGACUCCUGCCCUGUUAAAAUAACCAAGAGGUUAUCUGUCCUUUUUUGGGAAAGGGUGAAAUAGAUUCUACCAGAAGAGAGACUUCGGGUAUGUCAUUUUUCCUGAUUUCCUUUUAACUUAGUAUUAUUCAUUUUUAAGAGUAAAAUACCCUUCAUUUCAAUAAUGAUGUUUCCAUUUUUUGUUUCCGUCUGCCCCUCAUGCUGUGGGGUAAAACAAUGAAUAAUUGUUUACUGGAAUAAGUCACUUUUCUAGCCUGGGAUUCAAUUUAUUCAUCUGUAAAAGGAAAAUAUUUAGAAUGUUCAGAAAUGUAAUUUAAGAAAAUCCUGAGUUUUAUUUUCUAGAAGUUUCCUUUAUUACUAUGGUCUUAUUUUGUAUUUUAUUGCGUUUUGGGUUUCUACUGGCAAAUGAAGGUUAAAGUAUAAAAAGUUUAUCCAAAAUAAAAGCCCUAUUAACCA